UCUAUCAUAUAUCAUAUUAUUAAGUAAUAACAUGGUACGUUUGAUCCUCAUGCAUCCAUCCAACAAUCAACUAGGCGAUCAUGUCUUCACUAUACCCAUCGGAAUCGGCCUAUUUGUCAUGGUGUCUGUUGUAGUCGCUCUAUGUGCUAACCAUGCAAGGCGAGGUUCGAGAAAAGAAGAAAGUAAAGGUAGUAGCAUUAGCAGCAGUAGUACUAGUAAUAGUAAUAUCGAUAAAUCAUUUGGCUCAACCGAGGAAGAUCAUUUUCAAGAAAAGAUCCCACCAAGAUCCCCGUUAAGGUCUACUAAACAACUUAUUAAUACCAUAAGUAAUAAGGCGAUAAACACGUUUGUAAUGAAUCAUAAAAGAGGUGGUGGUGGUGAUCGUGGUGAUGAUAAAGUUGUAGAGGAAGGAUUUGGACAGGGUGGUUUGUGGCAAAAGGAAAUUUUGAUGGGUGUAAAGUGUCAACCACCGGAGUUUUCGGGUGUUAUAUAUUAUGAUUAUGAUGGUCAUCAAGUUCCCGAGUUUCCUCCAAGGUCACCAAGAGUUGUUCUGUCGCGUGAUUUUACUUUUCCGGUGAUUAAAAGUUCGGUUUAGGCUAUAUCCGGCCAUUUUGAUUCUAAAACAUGUAUAUUUUUGUUUCUACACUUUAUUGUAUAUGCAAUUUGAUAUAAGGAAAUUUCAUAGUAGUAUACUAGUAUAAUGGUCGGUACGCAUUAAGUUUGACCAAUUUUCUAUAGUUACAAGUGAACUCAUUAAUAUUGAGGAAUAAUAGUAUGUACAAAAGAGUUUGCUAAA